AUGCGAACGACGACAACGCCUAGCUUUCGCCGCCACAUCCGUCCCGACACACAGACGCCCGUCAUCAUCCCGUUCCUCACCAUGUCAACCGCCGUCAAGCGUGCCUGUGACGCCUGCCACCGUCGCAAGGUCAAGUGCGAUGGCAUAAACCCCUGCCGCAACUGCUCCUCUGCCCAGCUCUCUUGCACCUACAAUGCCAUUCCUCAGAAGAAGGGUCCCAAGGGCUCUCGCGCCAAGGUCAUCAGCGAGCUGCGUGAGACGCAACGCCAGUCGAGUCUGUCCGCCAAGAUCCACAGCCGUAUGAAUGGCAGCAUUGCCCCCUCAGCCGCAACGCUCGCCCCAACACCUGGGCUUCUCACGAAUGAGAUAGUCAGGGCCUGUGUCGACUUCUUUUUCGCCAACAUGUAUCCGGCCAUGCCUAUUCUUAACCGCCAGCGCCUUGAACAGGAUGCCAUGGCCACAGACACCACAUUCGACACUUACUGCUUGCUGUCAUCGCUCAGUGCAUUCAUGAUGCUGCAGCCCGGCAUGUUUAUCCCCGGGGUGGAUCCCCAUGGACCAGAGGGUCUACCUGGAGCCACUAUCGUCACGGCCACGCUGCUUCUGGAUGAGACCAUCCGCGUGCGCAAGGGCUACGACUAUCUUCAGAAUCCCAAUCUGUAUACGCUUGCCACUAGCUAUUUUCUGUUCGGCAGCUACUAUGGCCUGGAGAUGCAGGGCAAGGCUUGGCUCAGCCUUCGGGAGGCCACGAGCCUAGUCCACCUAGUGCGCAUGAACAAGGAGGAGUCGUAUCUUUCCUGGGACAACGUCGAGGCGUCGUGCCGCCGGCGCCUGUACUGGCUACUCUUUGUGGCCGAGCGGGCAUAUGCGCUACAGCAUGGCCGCCCGCUGUCACUCAAGGCGUGCAUUAACCCCCCGUCCUCGGCCGAGAACCCCGGUCUCCCUCUUUCUCACCAACUCAUUGGCUUCUGUCGGCUAGUCGCCAUGUUCCGCCCCUUCGACGACUCCUUCGUCGACCUCUGGAACAAGACGCGCGCCGAAUGCGUGCCGUCCUACAUUGCCUCUCUCAGAAAACAACACGCCGAUGUUAUGACAACCUUGGCUUCUGCCGACCCUCAACUCAGCGACGUGGUGCUAAAUCAACGGUGGCUCCAGGCUCUGGCCUGGCAGAUCAAUCUGACCAACGGCAACGGAGUGUCCCAUGGCAACGAAGCCAACUAUCAGUACUCCAUGGUGGAUGUGUCUCGUGAAAUCGUCCCCAUGGCGGCGGCAUUUUCCGCGCCUGGCAACACCAGCUUGCUGGGCUCCGGACUGAUCGAGACCCUCCUCAUGAUCACGAGCGAUCUCACCGAUGUUCUCUCCUUGCUUCCCUCUUCCAGUAACCCAUUCGCCACUGGUCCUGGCGAAUAUAUGGAUCAGCUGUUGAGCAUUUUGGCUAUGCUGCGUGUUGGCGAACAUCGCUUUGCUCCUCUGCUUCUAGCCAAGGUGCACGAAAUUCUCCCUCGUCUUGCCAACCCAAUGCUCCAGAGUCCUCCCGAAGCCGCUUGCGAAAUGGACAUUUUCGAUGGCUUUGGCAGUGCAGGUAUGGCGCAGCCUCCUUGUUUGAACAUGGACGAGUAUAAAGUAGAAGGACCGAGCUCCACUGCCACGUCUCUGCGUGACGUGAACACACCUUUCACAUCGUCGCCUCCUAUACUGUCGCCGGGCAUGGAUUUUGCCCAUGACUUUGUUCCCAUUUCCGACAUGGUAUUGCAACGUCCGCUUAUUGCCAACACCAUUUCCCCUGUGUCUCAUCGCAUCGAGCCGGCUGAGAGCUUAGCCGGUGUUUUGGGCGGUCAGGCCUUUGGUAGGCCUGUGAAUGAUAUACAUACGGGAUUAAACACAGGUGAUCUUAACGGUUGCCAUGAGCCCCAGCGGCACAGCAGUUUUGCGGUACCUUCACAGCAAUUUCGAGCAGUGGAAGAUUAUCAGAUCCUGCGACGUGAGAGUGGUGAUAUAAACUCUCUUGGCGGCCUAGACAUGAACAGUCUCCGCACGGAGAUGGACUUUGGUGCUUUGAGAUAA